CUUUUAUGUUCAUCUCGAUUCCUUCUACCUUUUUACGAACGUUUACUGACAUGUUUUAAGACACCCUGUAUAUGUGUAAUGUCAUUAAGGAUUUGUUUCACAGAAGUGCCAGAGUAUAUUGGCAAUUUACUGAGUCUGGUGCGAAAGUUACAUUCGCGAAUUUUUCGCGCUCAAGAUAAUAUCAAUGCAUUGUUACGAAUGAUCUAUUCCUGGGCAAUGUCCCCAAUAUUAGAGCGCAAAGAUUUUAAAGAUGAGAAUUUGCUCGCCGUGGGUAACCGCGACGAGAACUUUCAAAAAAGAUAUGAUCAGAUCGAACGUGCUAGUAAAAAACUAAAUCGGGUCUUGGAUGAAAAUUAUAAAUAUUUCUUUGAUUUGCUGUCCGAGUCAGUGUAUGAAAAAGACGAGAUUGAAUUAGAUAAAAGUAAUUCUCUUUUUUCAGACUUAAAUUUUUUUAACUUGAAAAUAAUUCUACAAUUUGUACGAAAAAUAAAAUUAUGACAUAUUCAUUACAGACGCGCGAAUAGAUACAAGAAAGCGAGAAUUUGAAGAACUUGAAGAAUUUAAGGAAAUUGAAGAAAGAACAAAUGUUGUAGAAGAAUUGCCGAGAAAAUUGAGGUGUGAACUAAUCCUUUUACAAAAUUAAAAAACAUAACUUUGUGUAAUUGUUUUAUUCGUAAGCAGCAUUGAAACAUUAACAAUUGUUUUGUACAUGUUUUAAAGUACUUCUAUGUUUUCUGUUAUCUCAGAAUUGAUGAAGAGAAGGAAAGAAUUGCGCGCGAUAACGUGGAAAAUGAAAAGGCCGACAAGGACGAAAGAAUAACGGCAAUAACCGAAAUAUUAACGGACGAGGAAAUCGCUCAGAAUAUGAUCAAAUGGAAACCUUAUCUUGUUUAUGUCGAUAAUUUAAUAUCAAAAGCUUUGAUCCAAGCUGCAUCCACUAGGUAUAAACCCAACUAUUUUUCACGCAAUGUAUCUAUAUAUUGCAGCAUAUGUUAUCUGCUAGAUGAAACCGAUCCAGAAAGCAGCGUGUUACCUCUUUUUGAAAUUCACUUAUCGCUUGAUAUACCACACGUUGUCUUUCGUCCUGCGGUAGAUCCGGACAAUCCCGAAGGUUUCUACAUAUUUUAUGAGAAUUUGUUGCUUGAUAUUAUGAGGAUGGGAACUUUAAUAUCACGUGUAAAUCCUGACAUUGCGAUGGAGCGAAAGCAUUACGGCGUACGUUAUCGUAUAAUUUUUGAACCGUUUUCCUGGUUAUGGCUUGACGAUAGACAACAGUAUUUGAACUUGUUUUUACGUUUUGGCCGCGCACUUACAGACGAAGAAAAAGAUGUGGUAGCGCAAGGAACUUUAUCGGAAUAUCCAAAAGAGAAAAAGCCAGGAUUGGUCGAAUUUAAAAGAGAAAUUGAUUAUUUUAUAGAGCUUUAUAAAAAAUGCGACGAACUAGAAAAUGAAAAGGUUUUCUUGCGUUGGCUACGGUUAGACGUAAGAGCCUUGAAACAAGCUCUACUGAACCUGAUCUGCAAGUGGACUAAUUUAUUCAAGACACAUCUGGUUGAUCAUGUCAAUAGCCAGUACGUAUUUUCAUUUCUACCUAUAUACGUUUUUGUACAAAUAAAAAAAUGGAAUUCUAAACCAAAUUCAUUAUUCAUUCGAUUACAGGCAACUAUAGAUCUUCUUAAAGAAUAUCAUGUGAAAUUCGACGAAGAAACAUAUACAUGGUUGAGAGAAUUGCCCGAGCAAUGGGCAACGGUCAAAAAAUGGGCGGCUCAAGUGAAACAACUUGUGAAUCCUCUAAUGGCACGUCAAAUCGAUUUGCUGAAGAAACGUCUCAAUUAUUAUGAUUUCAGGCAACAACAAUACCUACCACAAUUCCGCGAGAACAUCGUAUUCAGGAUCAAUAGUUUCCAUUGUACGAACGUGUACGAGAAAUUGGACAAGAUAAAUGAAGAAAUUUUGAAAUUCGAGGAAGAAUUAAAAGCAUUACAUGACCAAGCGAAUAUAUUCGAACAACAGAUAACAGAAUUUAAACAAAUCAAACUCGCUAGAAGAGAAUUAAGGCUUUUAAAGAAUCUUUGGGAUUAUGUUAAUGUCAUUACGUCGAAUCUAAACGAAUGGAAAACGACGUUUUGGAAAAAGAUAGAUGUCGAAGGAAUGGAACAGGAGUGUAAAAAAUUGAUUCGGGAAUUGAGACAAUUAGACAAAGAGGCGCGAACUUGGGAUUUAUACGCUCAUAUAGAAGCACAAGUGAGAAAUAUGAUAUCAUCACUAAGAGCAGUUUCAGAACUACAAAAUCCCGCCAUCAGAGACAGACAUUGGCAAGAACUUAUGGCUAAGACUCGGGUGAAAUUUACUAUGGACGAUAAAACCACUUUGGAAGAUUUAUUGAACUUAGAACUACACAAAUAUGAAGAAGAAGUUAAGGACAUGGUAGACAAGGCAGUUAAAGAAAUGAAUAUGGAAAAAGUUCUCAAAGAAUUGCACAACAUAUGGGAUAUUCUUGAGUUCGGUAAAGAAACACAUGAACGCACUAAACUCAGCGUCUUAAAUGUGAGCGAAGAAACAAUCGAGAUAUUGGAAGAAAAUCAGGUACAAUUGCAAAACAUGUUAGACUCCAAAUACGUUGCCUAUUUCCUCGAUGAAGUGAUUGAUUGGCAACAAAAGCUUAACAAUGCAGAUGCUACAAUUAACGCCUGGUUUGAAGUCCAGCGAGCUUGGAUGCAUCUCGAAAGCAUUUUCAUCGAAUCGGAAGAUAUAAAAAGCCAGUUGCCGGAGGAAUCAAAGCGUUUCGAGAAGAUAGAUAAAGAUUUUAAAGAUUUAUUGAAGGAAAUGUUGAAUAAUCUAAAUAUAGUGAAGUCAACGAAUAAACCAAAACUUUUGGAUCGGCUUGAAGAAUUGCAGAGACAAUUAAAUAUUUGUGAGAAAGCUCUGUCCGAGUAUCUGGAGACAAAAAAAUUAGCAUAUCCACGUUUCUAUUUUAUCUCAUCCACAGAUCUAUUGGACAUAUUAAGCAAUGGAAAUAAUCCUGAAAUGGUAUGCAAGCAUUUGUCCAAAUUGUACGACUCAUUGGCAAAGCUCCAGUGGAAAAUUGAAGAAGGAAAACCGACGAAACACGCCAACAGGAUGAUAGCGAAGGAUAGCGAAGAAAUGGCUAUGCAUGGAACAUGUGACUGCACGGGAAAGGUUGAGAUCUGGUUGAAUCGCGUCACGGAGGCAAUGAGAAAAAGCGUGAAAUAUCGUUUGAAUCAAGCUGUCGCCUCAUAUGAUGAGAAGCCUCGCGACCUUUGGAUUCUAGAUUACGAGGCACAGCCAGCUUUGUGCGGCACACAAAUCUGGUGGACUUCCGAAGUGAAUAUGGCAUUCGCAAGACUCGAGGAAGGAUUCGAGAACGCUCUUAAGGAUUAUCAAAAGAAACAGAUUAACCAACUAAACACUUUGAUUUCAAUCUUACGCGGCGAGUUGAACGAGAACGAUCGGCAGAAAAUCAUGACCAUCUGCACCAUCGAUGUGCAUGCGCGUGACGUUGUCGCAAAAUUAAUAUCUAUGAAAGCAGAGAAUUCUUCUUGCUUUAUAUGGCAGUCACAAUUAAAGCACAGGUGGGACGACAAAUCAGGAGAUUGCUUCGCCAACAUUUGCGACGCAUGUUUCGUAUACGCUUACGAAUACCUGGGUAACAUGCCACGGCUGGUAAUUACGCCGUUGACGGACAGAUGCUACAUUACUUUGACGCAAUCGUUGCAUCUGAUAAUGGGCGGAGCACCGGCUGGGCCCGCGGGGACGGGAAAAACCGAGACGACGAAGGACCUCGGUAGAGCCCUUGGACAAAUGGUUUAUGUCUUCAACUGUUCUGAACAAAUGGAUUAUAAAUCGUGUGGCAACAUAUAUAAAGGAUUAGCACAAACUGGAGCAUGGGGCUGCUUCGAUGAAUUCAAUAGGAUUUCCGUGGAAGUAUUGUCAGUCGUGGCUGUGCAAGUGAAAUGUGUUCUAGACGGAAUCAAAAGUCGGAAGAAGAAGUUCCUAUUUUUAGGGGAGGAGCUUAAUAUUGUGGAUACAGUUGGUAUAUUCAUAACGAUGAAUCCUGGUUACGCCGGUAGAACAGAAUUACCCGAAAACUUGAAAACACUAUUUCGGCCGUGCGCUAUGGUGGUGCCCGAUUUUGAAUUAAUUUGCGAGAUUAUGUUAGUGGCUGAGGGUUUCCAAGAAGCAAGAUUGCUGGCGAGAAAGUUUAUUACCCUAUACACGUUAUGUCGAGAGCUUUUAUCCAAACAAGACCACUAUGAUUGGGGUUUGAGAGCCAUCAAGUCCGUUUUAGUCGUUGCCGGAAAGUUGAAACGUGCUGAUAGGCAAAGGCCGGAGGGACAAGUGCUAAUGAGAGCGCUAAGAGAUUUUAAUAUGCCAAAAGUCGUGACUGACGAUGUGCCCGUGUUCAUGGGAUUAAUAGGAGAUUUAUUUCCCACAUUGGAUGUACCACGAAAAAGAGAUCUAGAUUUCGAAAUAAUGAUCAAAGCUGCGGCUCUUGAUUUAAAGUUGCAACCAGAGGACGGAUUUAUUCUCAAGGUGGUACAAUUGGAGGAGUUGUUUCACGUUCGACACUCGGUCUUUAUCGUCGGCCUCGCCGGGACUGGUAAAACCGAAGUCUGGAAAACGCUUAACCGAACGUACUCAAACCAAAAGCGCAAACCGCACUACAACGUUCUGAACCCAAAGGCGGUGACCAACGACGAGUUAUUUGGUGUCAUUAAUCCAGCAACGAGGGAAUGGAAAGACGGGUUGUUCUCCAUGAUAAUGAGGGAGCAAGCCAACAUGGCGGGCGACGGUCCAAAAUGGAUCGUGUUCGAUGGUGACAUUGACCCGAUGUGGAUCGAAUCCCUAAAUACCGUAAUGGACGACAACAAAGUCCUAACAUUAGCAAGUAACGAAAGAAUUGCAUUAACGAAACACAUGCGCCUUCUCUUUGAAAUUUCCAAUUUAAGAACAGCUACGCCAGCAACGGUAUCCAGAGCGGGAAUUUUAUACAUCAAUCCACAAGAUUUAGGCUGGACCCCAUUUAUAGCAAGUUGGAUAGAAACGAGAGAUCAUUCGGAACGCGCUAAUUUGGCGAUUCUCUUUGAAAAGUACAUUCCACCUCUACUGGAAGUAAUAAAAUCAAGAUUCAAAAAGAUCACGCCUUUACCAGAAAUAUGUCACUUAGAAAUGCUUUGUCACUUACUCGAUUGCUUUCUAACUAAAGAAAACGUACCGUCGGAUUGUCCGAAGGAAUGGCAUGAAUUAUACUUUGCUUUUGCCUGCAUUUGGGCAUUUGGUUCUGCGAUGUUUCGAGACCAGUUGAUAGAUUGGCGAAACGAAUUUAGUAAAUGGUGGCAAAAUGAAUUCAAAACUGUCAAGUUUCCACCGAGCGGAACUGUGUUUAGUUACUUCAUAGAACCAAAGACAAAAAAAUUGAUACCUUGGACCGAAAAAGUCGUCUCAUUUGAAUUGGAUUCAGAUAUUCCGCUUCAGUCCACUUUGGUGCCAACUGGAGAAACAGUGCGUUUACGCUUUUUCAUGGAUUUAUUGAUAAAGAAGCGCGUUCCAAUUAUGUUAGUGGGUGGAGCAGGCUCCGGAAAAAGCGUCAUUAUGGCCGAUAAAUUGACAAGUUUGCCAGAUAAUUAUAACAUCGCAAAUGUUCCUUUCAACUUUUACACUACAUCAGAAAUGUUACAGAAAAUACUCGAGAAACAUUUGGAAAAAAAAGCAGGCCGUAAUUACGCUCCACCGGGUACGAAACUCUUGGUGUACUUCAUAGAUGAUAUGAAUAUGCCAGAAGUGGAUACUUAUGGAACAGUACAGCCUCAUACUCUCAUUAGGCAACAUAUGGAUUACAAUCACUGGUAUGAUAGAACAAAAUUAACUUUAAAGGAGAUUCACAACACGCAAUACGUGUCUUGUAUGAAUCCUAGUGCUGGUAGUUUCACUAUAGAUCCACGCUUACAGAGACACUUUGCCGUGUUCGCAGUUAGUUUCCCACAAAAAGAAGCACUCGUAAUGAUAUAUAAUCAAAUCCUCAAGCAACAUGUGACUGAUCCGCAGCAAAAGUUUAAUCCAGCCGUGCAAAAAUUCAUAGAUCCUCUGAUAGACGCCGCAUUAUAUCUUCAUGAUAAAAUCGCCAUGACUUUUCUACCGACGGUCAUCAAGUUUCAUUAUGUUUUCAAUUUACGCGACUUAACUAAUAUAUUUCAGGGGAUGCUUUUCGCUCGUGGCGACGCUUUACCACUUCCGAGUCACGUAAUCAGACUUUACGCUCAUGAAGCAACGCGAGUGUAUCGUGACAAAUUGGUAGAAUUUGAAGACCAGAGAAUAUUUGAUCAAUUGCUGCUUAAUGCGCUUCGCAAAAAUAUACCUGAACUGAACGAAACUGAUAUCAAUUCAGAGCAGCCGUUAAUAUACUGCCAUUUCGCAGAAGGAAUUGGCGAGCCUAAAUAUGCGCCUGUCAAAAGUUGGGCCCAACUUGUAAAAUUACUCGACCAAGCUUUGCUCAAUUAUAAUGAACUGGUGUCCGCGAUGAAUUUGGUAUUAUUCGAAGAUGCUAUGCAUCACGUAUGUCGCAUCAAUAGAAUUUUGGAAGCACCGAGAGGCAAUGCACUUCUAGUGGGUGUAGGUGGUAGCGGCAAACAAUCUUUAUCGCGUUUGGCUUCUUUCGUUUCCUCGUUGGAGGUGUUUCAAAUACAAUUGCGCAAAGAUUACUCCUUAAAUGAGCUAAAAGCUGACUUGGCCGUUUUAUACCUAAAAGCUGGUUUAAAAGGUAUGGGUAUUACUUUUUUAAUGAGCGAUUCUCAAGUCGCGGAAGAAAAAUUUUUAGUCGUGGUAAACGAUAUGUUAGCGACGGGAGAAAUCACGGAACUGUUUACCGAUGAUGAAGUGGACAACGUCAUUAACGCCGUGCGCAGCGAGGUUAAACAAACUGGAUUAAUUGAUACCAAAGAAAACUGCUGGAAAUUUUUUAUUGAACGCGUACGAAGGCAAUUGAAAUGUGUUUUGUGUUUCUCACCGGUAGGAGCAACCCUUCGAAAAAGGGCCAGGAAAUUCCCCGCAAUAGUAAAUUGCACCGCAAUUAACUGCUUUCAAGACUGGCCGCAAAAAGCAUUGGAAUCUGUAUCGACGACAUUCCUAGAGGAGUUAAAAGAAUUACCGAUCGAUCAACGAACUUCCGUGUCGCUCUUCAUGUCUUUCGUUCAUACAAGCGUUAACAAUAUGUCUUCAUUAUAUUUACAAAAUGAACGAAGAUACAAUUACACAACGCCCAAGUCAUUCCUUGAGCAGAUCUCUUUAUAUUCCAAGUUAUUAAUCGAAAAAUCACACGACUUGGAAACAAUGAUCUCGCGUCUCACCGAUGGAUUGGUAAAACUCGAAUCCUGUUCUAUUCAGGCCGACAAAUUAAAGAUUAUUUUAAUGGCUCAAGAAAUUGAAUUGAAGAAAAAGAAUGAAAUAGCUGAUAAAAUAUUGAUCGAAGUACGUGCAGAAAAUGCAAAAGUGGAGGCAGAAAAAGCAAUCGUAACCGAGGAGGAAGCAAAAGUGGCGGAAAUCAAGGAGACUAUAUUGAAAAAUCAAAAACGUUGUGAUGAAGAUCUAGCUCGCGCGGAACCAGCAGUGAGACAGGCCGAAGCGGCGCUCGACACUUUGAACAAGAACAACUUGACGGAAUUAAAGUCUUUCGGAUCUCCACCGGAAGCCGUGCUUACGGUCGCUCAAGCCGUACUGAUUUUAUUCUCGCCAAAAGGAAAGUUGCCGAGAGACAAAUCUUGGAAGGCUUGCAGAGCGAUAAUGGGAUCUAUCGAUGGAUUUCUAUCAGAGUUGCGUAAUUAUGAUAAAGAAAACAUACAUCCGGAAGUCGUAAGGGCGAUUCAACCGUACAUCCACGAUAAAGAUUUUGAUCCGGACAUUAUAUAUUCAAAAUCACAAGCAGCAGCAGGACUUUGUAGCUGGGUGAAAAAUAUCAUGGUGUUUCAUUACAUCAAUGAGAAUGUAAAACCUUUGAGAGCAGCGCUGGCUCAGGCAAAUACUGAAUUAAAAGUCGCUAUGGAAAAAUUGAAUUCUUUGAGGAACCGUUUAGCAGAGCUUCAGAAAAUGUUAGACAUUCUGGGCGAAAAAAUGAACGUAGCUCUAGCUGAGAAACAAAAAUGUCAAGACGAAGCGGAUAUGACUGCAUUCAUUAUAGAUUUAGCAAAUCGAUUGAUAAACGGUCUCGCAUCCGAGAAUAUUCGUUGGGCCGAGACUGUACAACUAUUAAGGCAAUCCGAAAUUACUUUACCGGGCAAUGUAUUGCUCGUUACGGCGUUUAUUUCUUACAUGGGAUGUUUUACGAGGAAAUAUAGAAUGGAUCUUAUGAAUUUAUAUUGGUUACCAUUUCUCGACAAUCUGCAAGUGCCAAUACCAUACACGUCAGAUCUGGAUCCGUUGUCCUUAAUGACUGACGAUGCAAAAAUCGCCCAAUGGAAUAACGAGGGCUUACCUGCAGACAGAAUGUCAUCGGAAAAUGCCACGAUACUCACAAAUUCAUCUAGAUGGCCACUUAUGAUCGAUCCACAAUUACAAGGAAUCAAAUGGAUUAAAAAUAAAUACGGGCAGGAUUUGGUAGUGUUGCGUUUAACUCAAAAAAAUUAUCUCGACAAAAUCGAACAUGCUAUUGCUAAUGGGGAGAUAGUUCUGCUGGAAAAUAUUAUGGAAACGGUCGAUGCUGUUCUAGAUCCAAUCGUAGGACGAGUUUUAAUAAAAAGGGGAAGAGCCAUCAAGGUGGGAGACAAAGAAGUGGAUUAUGAUCCGCGUUUCCGUCUCAUCUUACAAACAAAACUGGCAAAUCCUCACUAUAAGCCGGAGAUGCAAGCUCAGACUACACUUAUCAAUUUUACGGUUACGAAAGACGGUUUGGAGGAGCAGCUAUUAGGUGCCGUCGUGAAAGCGGAGCGUCCGGAUUUGGAGAUGAGCAAAGCCGAGCUCACGACUCAGCAGAACAUGUUCAAGAUCACUCUGAAAGUGUUGGAAGACGAUCUAUUGCACAGAUUGGCAACGGCGGGACCCGAUAUCCUGAGCGAUGUCGCUCUUGUGGAGAACCUCGAAACUACGAAGAAGACUGCUAGCGAGAUCGAGGCGAAGGCAAUCGAGGCGAAGAUGACUGCCGCAAAGAUAGACGAGGCGCGCGAGUCCUACCGACCGGUAGCGUCCAGAGCUAGCCUUCUCUACUUCAUCCUUAACGAUCUCAACAAGAUUAACAUGCUGUAUCAGUUUUCUCUCAAGACAUUCAACACAGUCUUUCAAAAUGCCAUUAAAUUUGCGGAACCGGUAGACACCCUCGGUAAACGAGUCGCCAAUUUGAUCGACAGCGUUACGUACUUGGUUUUUACAUAUACCAGCAGAGGACUGUUCGAAAGCGACAAGCUCAUAUUUUUAUGCCAACUGACUCUUCAGAUUCUGAUGCAAAUGAAAGAAAUAGAUCCGUCUGAAGUGGAUUUCCUCUUGCGAUUUCCAUAUUUACCGGAUCUCACGAGUCCGGUAGAUUUCCUAAAUAAUGUGAGCUGGGGCGGCAUCAAGUAUUUAAGCGGAAUGGAAAAUUUUCACAAUUUAGACCGCGAUAUAGAUGGGGCUGCGAAAAGGUGGAAGAAAUUCGUCGAAUCGGAAACGCCCGAGAGAGAAAAAUUUCCUCAGGAAUGGAAAAACAAAACGGCCUUUCAGAGACUUUGCAUAAUGAGAUGCGUGAGACUAGAUCGAAUGGUUUAUGCCAUACGUUACUUCGUGGAAGAGAAAUUGGGAGCAAAAUUUAUACAACUUCGAAUGCAACCCUUUGAAAAAACGUAUGAAGAAACGAGCGCGAGCACGCCGAUAUUUUUUAUUUUGUCUCCAGGAGUCGAUCCUCUAAAGGAUGUCGAGAAACUCGGUAAACAGCUUGGCUUUACGUUCGGCGCGAAAAAUUUCCACAAUAUAUCGUUAGGACAGGGACAAGAGCCUAUCGCGGAAGAAACGAUAGAAGUCUCAGCGCGCGACGGCCACUGGGUUAUACUCCAGAAUAUUCAUCUAGUAAGGAAGUGGUUGCCAAAUCUGGAAAAGAAGAUAGAACAACUCUUGGAAGAGCCACACGAAGAUUAUCGGCUCUAUAUUAGCGCAGAACCAAGUCCCGACCCACACGCAUCAAUAAUACCACAGGGCAUACUAGAAUCGGCUAUAAAAAUCACCAACGAACCGCCAACGGGUAUGCGUGCCAACAUUCACAAAGCUUUAGACAACUUUAGCCAGGAUACAUUGGAAUCUUGCUCCAAGGAGACCGAGUUCAAAGCUAUUCUCUUCACCCUCUGUUAUUAUCACGCUGCUCUGGCAGAGCGUAGAAAAUUUGGGGCACAAGGAUGGAACAGGUUGUAUCCGUUCAAUAUGGGCGACUUAACCAUCAGUGUAUCGGUACUGUUGAAUUAUCUCGAGGGCAAUACUAAAGUACCUUGGGAAGAUUUGCGCUAUUUAUUCGGCGAAAUCAUGUAUGGUGGUCAUAUAACCGACGAUUGGGACAGAAGAUUAUGCCGAACAUAUCUUUUAGAAUAUCUACAACCAGAAUUGGUUGAGGGUGAAAUAUAUCUGGCUCCGGGUUUUCUGGUACCAAUCAGUACCGAUUACACGGGCUAUCAUCGAUACGUAGAAGAUUAUUUGCCACCUGAGAGCCCCGUCUUAUAUGGACUUCAUCCAAAUGCGGAAAUUGGAUUCCUCACAAGCACAGCGGAGAAUUUGUUUAAAACAAUCUGGGGGAUGCAACCGCGAGAUAGUGUCGAUGCAACAACCGGAGUGUUAUCGAAAGAGGACAAGGUGAAAGUUAUAAUAGAAGAUAUACUGGACAAGCUUCCCGAGGAGUUUAAUAUACAAGAUUUAAUGAACAAGGUGGAAGAUCGUACUCCUUUCGUUACAGUUGCUCUUCAAGAAUGCGAACACAUGAACGCAUUGUGCAAGGAACUAAAAGGAUCUCUGGAAGAACUGGAUCUCGGUUUGAAGGGUGAGCUCACGAUUAGUGCGGAUAUGGAAGAUUUACAAAAUUACUUGUUCAUGGACUCUGUACCACCAUCCUGGACCAAACGCGCCUAUCCCUCAACCCUUGGAUUGUCGAGUUGGUUCGCGGACAUGCUCAAUCGAAUAACCGAACUAUCGAAUUGGACGGUGGAUUUUAAUUUGCCAUCGUCGAUCUGGCUGGGUGGUUUUUUCAAUCCGCAGUCGUUACUUACCGCCAUCAUGCAGCAAACCGCCCGUAAAAACGAGUGGCCCCUGGACAAAAUGUGCUUACACUGCGACGUAACCAGAAAGCAGAAGGAGGAAAUUGCGGUGCCACCGCGCGAGGGCGCCUAUAUCAACGGUUUGUACAUGGAGGGUGCGCGAUGGGAUGCCGCGAGCGGCGUCAUCGCGGAUUCGCGACUGAAGGAACUAUUCUUUCUGAUGCCGGUGGUGUUUGUGAAGGCAAUCACGCAGGACAAGCAGGAGACGAAGAACGUGUACGAAUGUCCGGUCUACAGGACCAGAACGCGCGGCCCUACGUACGUCUGGACUUUCAAUUUGAAGAGCCACGACAAGCCCACGAAGUGGACCUUGGCCGGCGUCGCGAUUCUCCUGCAGAUUUAAGAGCUCGAGCUCUUCUCGCGAAGCGACGCGACGCGACGCGACGCGACGCAACGCGACGUGACGCCGACGGUACGUUCGCACGCAACAGUGGCAGAGAUUCUUUUUACUCUCGGCGAGUCGUAAUGGCAAUACGCGCACGGUGGUUGAUAGCCUUCGCGCAAUUACAUUGGCCCGUUCUCCCGUUCGACCGGAUAAUUAUAACACGAUUGGUAUAUACGUACCGUUAUAACGCGCUCUCUUUGUAAUCUCAUGUGUCAUCUCUCCCACGUAUUAUGGAAGCUGGGUUGUGUCGCUCGAGCAACUCGAGAGAGAACGGAAGGAACUUAUUGCCGCGGACUCUCUCGAUCGCGCAGGUGCGCUCGUUGCUCCAAAAGGAGUAACAACCGGGGCGCGCGGGCGUGUCGCCGUCGCCAAUCGAGAGGAUCGACAAAUGUGACGACGGCGUGGCGAGUGCGUAUCAACGACAGUAGGAAGAACGUCGGCUUCCGUCGCACAUCCGGUGCUUUCUUUACGCGCGUCGCGCACCGGGCCACGUACGGGGCUCUCGUGGUGGCGCGUAUUACAUCAGCCGGUCGGUUUGACAACAAGUCCACGGUACGCGACGACAAUAUGAUUGGAGGUUUCGAGGAAGUGGUCACCCUUUAUCGACUGCGACGUAAUUAUCCGUUUCGCGAUGACGCAUCUGGUUUCGCGUGCCGCAUUCGGUCUUCGCAACGAUGCAGGGUGCGCGGAAUUUCGGACACGCGAGCAAAAAAACAAGCCUUGCGAAACAACCCGCGUGAACGAGUCGGCUAAAUGACAAUAACGUAACAACUGCUAAAGUAUUGUACGGAUCAAGGGAAGCCUACUGUCGCGCGACAUUGCACUUGACUCGCUAUCCUCCUAUAUGUACCCUCUUUCAAACGAUCCACUCACUCUCUGCCUAUACCAUACCUUACUCCCAAAUAAUUGUUAUCGAUUAUUGUGCAACCAAAAUUUACAUACGUUCUACACUUGCGCAUUUGUGUAACUUUGAAGCGUAGAUCUUGGCUUUUGUUUGUUUAUCGUAUUACAAGCACCUUUUCUUCACAUUAGUAUAACCAAGUUUAUACAAUUCAUUUGUAAAAUAUAAAAACAAAUAAAGUGUUAUCAAGUGUUGUGUAAAA